CACAGGAAGUGGGGCCGCUGCUCCGCGGCGGCGGCGCCUCCGCUGCCGGCCCGACGGGUUCCGUCUUCAUUCUGCUGACUUAAACCACAGAUUCCAAAGAAAGGAGGGGAAAAUGGAAUAAAAUACCCAAGUGUCAGAGGAAAAUGUCAGACUAGUCAAUGAAAGCUAUUAUUACUAAACUGUAGACUCCUUGAUUUUUAUGUUUUGGGGAGAACUAAAUGCUGUGCAUUCCAAACCUACCAAACAGCUUUGGCAGACUUGCCUUACUGGACUUCCAGUGGGCUAAAUAAAAAUCCCAUAACUAUUCCUUUUAAGAAGUGGAAAUAUGGUUCCUUGCUCUCGUCUCCCUUCUUCCCCUAUUAUGUUUUUAUUUCUUUGGGGUGGGACAUCGUGAACAAAGCAUUUUGCAUCAGCCACGCUCACAAUUGAUGGUUAUGGAUGACAUAGGAACCUCAGACAUAUGUCUCUGGAGUGGCACAUGAAGGUUGAAAAGGUUGAAAACUGCUCAUAUGCUGCUAUAUCAGAACUUACAGCAGCUACUACACUUGUUCACUUUCUGAGAUUUGGAUUCUGGGGGCAUGUUCCCACAAAGGUGUGAGCAGAGAAGCCCUCUUUUUGGAUGGGAAGUGGAAAUAUUAUAAGGAUGCCCAGGAGAGGUUUAGUAAUUCAAGCCAGAACUCGUUGGCUGUUAUUGGGUCUGGCCUUACUAUUCAGUUUAAUCUUGCUCAUGUACUUGCUGGAAUGUGCUCCACAAACGGAGGGCAAUGGAUCUCUACCGGGCGUCGUGGGCGAGGGCCUGGGUAAAGAGUACUACCAAGCCCUUCUCCAGGAGCAGGAGGAGCAUUAUCAGACCCGAGCUACCAGUCUGAAACGUCAGAUUGCCCAGCUCAAGCAGGAGCUGCAGGAAAUGAGUGAUAAGUUGAAAGCCCUGCAGGAGAAAAAGAGCCCCAAGAUCAACGGUAUGAACUACCAGGGCACCAAAGAACAAGCAUCCAACGAUCUCCUCGAGUUUCUCCAUUCUCAGAUUGACAAGGCUGAGGUGAGCGUGGGGGCUAAGCUGCCUAGCGAAUACGGUGUCAUUCCCUUUGAAAGCUUCACGUCCAUGAAGGUGUUCCAGCUCGAGAUGGGGCUCACUCGGCACCCGGAGGAAAAGCCCGUUAGAAAGGAUAAACGAGAUGAACUGGUGGAAGUUAUCGAGGCUGGGUUGGAGGUUAUCAAUAAUCCAGAUGAAGAAGAUGGGCAAGAUGAAGAUGAUGGAGUAGAAGAGAGGCAGCUGUAUAAUGAAAAUGAUUUUGUAGAAGGUUACUAUCGUACGGAAAGAGAUAAGGGGACACAGUACGAGCUGUUUUAUAAGAAGAUGGAUGGCAUGGAGUACAGACAUGUCACGUUGUUCCGACCUUUUGGACCACUCAUGAAAGUGAAGAGUGAAACAGUCGAUAUUUCUAGAUCAAUCAUUAAUAUUAUUGUUCCUCUUGCUGGAAGAACUGAGGCAUUUGCACAAUUUAUGCAAAACUUUAGGGAUGUGUGUAUUCAUCAAGAUAAGCGUAUUCACCUCACUGUGGUGUAUUUUGGACAAGACGGACUGUCAGAAGUGAAAAGCAUCCUAGAGUCUGUAGCUAGGGAAACUAAUUUCCACAAUUACACACUUGUCUCUUUGAAUGAGGAGUUUAACCGUGGCCGGGGACUCGACAUGGGUGCCAGAGCCUGGGAGAAGGGCGAGGUCCUGAUGUUCUUCUGUGACGUUGAUGUUUAUUUCACAGCCGAGUUCCUCAACAGUUGCCGCUUGAAUGCGGAGCCCGGAAAGAAGGUUUUCUAUCCGGUGGUAUUUAGCCUCUAUAAUCCUGCUAUUGUAUAUGCCAACCAAGAUACACCACCUGCUGUGGAGCAGCAACUGGUACACAAGAAGGAUUCAGGUUUCUGGCGGGAUUUUGGCUUCGGGAUGACUUGUCAGUAUCGCACAGACUUUCUGACUGUUGGGGGGUUUGACUUGGAAGUGAAAGGCUGGGGCGGUGAGGACGUCCACCUUUACAGGAAGUACUUGCACGGUGACCUUAUUGUGGUGAGGACGCCAGUGCCCGGUCUCUUCCACCUCUGGCACGAGAAGCACUGUGCAGACGAACUGACUCCGGAGCAGUACCGCAUGUGCAUCCAGUCCAAAGCCAUGAACGAAGCGUCUCACUCGCACCUUGGCAUGCUGGUCUUCAGGGAGGAGAUUGAGACUCAUCUCCGCAAACAGGCUUAUAGGACUAACAGCGAAGCCGCGGGUUAGAUGGAGCCCUGGCGCAGGGUGAAGAUGAUGACUUCAAAUUCACAAUGAACCAGCAUUGUUUUACAGCCUUAAUUCAGCUUAAAAAUGCAGUGCCUCUCUUUUUCAGUGAAGAAGAGUUUAGGGUUAUUUUUUUGGUUCUUGUUCUUGUUUUCUAAGCAAUUCUAUGACUGAUACGUUCUUACCUACAUAUCUUACCAGUUCAAGUACCUGAAAUAAGAAUCCAGGAAGCUUAGGUACUUCAAGGAAAGUGUCUUCAGAAUUGACUGGAUAAACGCAUCGGUGAAAUGCGCAACUCUUUCCACAGGGUACAUUGCAAUUCUUAUAUCUGCAUUAUUUUAUGAAUUAAAUAAUCUUUUGCAUUGUCUGCAGAGUAUUUUCGGUCUUGUAUGCCUCACUGUACUGUACCUUUAGAGGGAUGCUAUACUUGCAUUCUGCUGUAGAAACGAGAGAAAUGUGUAGAACGAGCCAAGUUUAACCAAGGAUCUCCCUGUAAAAACUAUCCGUGAAAUGCAGAGCAGUAUGCGAACUCUUCAGGUUGCUUCCUUCACAGCAGAAGCUUGGUGCUGUAUUUCUUAUAUUAACAAACAUUCACAUUGCUGAAUAUGGAGUAAUAUAUGGGAAAGGGGGAGAAAUGAAAAUCUUUUAAAGUGGAUUUUUAAAGCAUUUAAAAUAGUUUCACAUUGUAAAAGAGAGGCCGCUUUAUCUUGGAGAUGGGUCAGGCAGGUUGGAAACUUUUCAGUUUUGUUUCUGGGUCUCUCUUUGCCACAGUAAGACUCUGUGUCUUAGGCUCUUAUAAGUUGAGUUGUACUAGUAAACUCAGUUGCUUAAGGAUGCUUGACCUCACUACCCCAUCGUGAAAGGUCCUGCCUGUACCUCUCAGCCUUAAAGUUGAGAAACUGUCUUGGCAUUUCAGCACCCACUUGUUAGGUUUGUUAGUGGUGCAUUUGCCACUGAGCCGGUCUCGUCCUUUGCUUACUUUCUCUUUGUCUGGCCUUCCCUGGCAUGGUUUUAGAAGGCAGUCAUGGACUGUGGAGACUAUUCCACACGUUGGAAAAAGCUAUUACAGUCUUUCCUCGCGGGAUACUCUCCUUUCCACUGAUAAUCCUAGUAGCCUUGUUCCUCACUGUUUCCGUUUGAGUUCAUUUUAUUUGAGCAGACAUGAACAGAGUUCUCUGUAGUUUCAUGUGUGGUCUCAUGAGUGCCUCGUACAAUGGCACUGCUAUUUCCCUACUUUUCUUUUGGAGAUUUCAGGGUAUAUAAACUGUUGAAAUGCGGGCAGGGCAUUUUUCUCCAUGUUGUCUUAUAUGCGAUCAUAUGGCAUGCCUCUUUUGUAUCUUUGCUCUUAAAAUGAGUGCUGAGAAUGCUAGUUCAGGGAUUGAACCAUUUGCAUGGUCUCCACUGAAUUUAGAAGUUAGUUGAAAACCCUUCUCUCAGAUAAUUAAGAUCUG